CAUCACCGGCUCCAUUUUGCUGCUGCGGUUAGUUGUUUAGCUGCGUGUCGUUGGUGUGUGGAUCCGUUAUUCGAGCAAAAAAUCUGUUUAAAACCGCGGAAAAGGGUGAAUUUCCCCCGGCAAUGGACGGCAUUGCUAGUGAUGUUGCAGUUGGUGUAAAGAGAAGCUCAGAUGACCUGUUGUCCGGCAGCCUCUAUAACAGUCCUAACUCUUCUGUGACCGCGAAUGGAAGUGACAGCAAAAAACUGAGGGUGGAGGACAGCAUGGACAGCCCCCCUUCCAGAGUUAUUCACAUCCGCAAACUUCCAAACGAAGUUUCCGAGACAGAGGUCAUCGCCCUGGGCCUGCCCUUUGGGAAAGUCACCAAUAUCCUGAUGCUGAAAGGCAAGAAUCAGGCGUUCCUGGAGCUCGGGACAGAAGAAGCAGCAGUGACGAUGGUGAACUACUACACGGCAGUGACGCCUCAAGUGAGAAACGUCCCCGUUUUCAUCCAGUACUCCAACCACAAAGAGCUGAAGACUGACAGUGCUCUCAAUCAGCGUGCCCAGGCUGUGCUGCAGGCGGUUUCUGCCGUCCAGGAAGGCGGCUCUCCGAGCUCGGACACGGCGGGAGACAGUAUUUUAUCACCUGCACCCAGCCCAGUCCUGCGCAUCAUCAUCGACAACAUGUUCUACCCGGUCACCCUGGACGUCCUGCAGCAGAUCUUCUCCAAAUUUGGCACUGUUAUGAAGAUUAUCACAUUCACUAAAAACAAUCAGUUCCAGGCGCUGCUGCAGUUCAGUGAUCCGGUAAACGCCCAGCAGGCCAAACUGUCUUUGGAUGGACAGAACAUCUAUAAUUCCUGCUGCACGCUGCGCAUUGACUUCUCCAAGCUGGUCAACCUGAACGUUAAAUACAACAACGACAAGAGUCGAGACUACACUCGGCCGGAGCUGCCUGCAGGGGACGGACAGCCUCCUGUAGAUCCCUCGAUGGCAGCUGCUCUCAGCAAAGACUCCACCUCCCUGCUCGGUUCUCCAUCCGGAAUGGUAACUUCCUACUCUAGUGCUGGAGCAUAUCCAUCUUCUCUAGGUGCGAUUAGUCCUCUCAGUGCUGCGGCUGCAGCAGCGGCGGCAGCUGGCAGGGUGGCGCUGUCAGGACACUCCGGCGGUGGCGGGGUGUUACUGGCCAGCAAUCUGAACGAUGAGAUGGUUACGCCCCAAAGUCUCUUUACCCUCUUCGGUGUGUAUGGGGACGUGCAGCGCGUGAAGAUCCUCUACAAUAAGAAGGACAGUGCUCUCAUCCAGAUGGCAGAUGGAAACCAGGCGCAGUUAGCUAUGAGCCACCUGAACGGCCAGAAGAUGUACGGGAAGAUAAUACGCGUGACCCUUUCAAAGCACCAGACAGUGCAGCUUCCCAGAGAAGGUCUUGAUGAUCAGGGCCUCACUAAAGACUUCACCAACUCUCCUCUGCACCGCUUUAAGAAGCCCGGCUCCAAGAACUUCCAGAACAUCUUCCCUCCUUCAGCCACCCUCCACCUCUCCAACGUCCGUGACGAUGUGACCGAGGAGGACCUGAGACUCCUCUUCUCCAACUCUGGAGGCACAGUAAAAGCAUUUAAGUUCUUUCAAGAUCGUAAGAUGGCUCUGCUGCAGAUGUCCACAGUGGAGGAGGCCAUCCAGGCCCUGAUCGACCUCCACAACUACGACAUGGGCAGAGGCCACCGCCUCAGAGUCUCCUUCUCCAAAUCCACCAUCUGAACAUCUGACCAUCUGAAGAACAUCAGAUCAUGCUCUGUAGCUGCACCCUUCACUCCCCACCCACUGCAGAGCAUAGAGUGAAAUCCAUGUUGUAUCAGUCAUUCCUGAAGACCAUAUCACUAUAUCAUUAACACACGGCAUAGUGUUCAUAGAGUCUCCUCUCUGUACAACCUGCUCCUCCUCGUCAUUCGUGCGUCGGGCCAGCUGUUCUCCCCACGACAAAAAGGUGCCUUACGUACACAAAACAGCGUCAUCUACUGUUUGUAAUUUGCAUACUCGUGAACUGGCGGUAGAAGUGUAGGCACGUUACGUUCUUUUUUUUUUCUGUGAAUGUUCUGUAGGAUUUUAAAUGUGGUACUUUUUCUGGUUUUUGUUAGUAUUGAAGCAUUUUAAAUGCCCUUUCACACAGAGUCUGACAUUUGUUUUGGUACUGUGCAUCAUAAACGGGGAUAGAAUCUCUGUUUCUCUCGUAAAUGUCCACUCUUUCUGUUUCUCUGCUUCCUGUCUGCUUUAAAUCUCUUUACUUUUCUCCUCCACACAAGUGCUCAUUAGCAAGGGAAGCUAACGUUAUGUGUGGUUCAGCUGCAUAAGGUCACUGUAAAGAAAUCACUGGCAUCUUUUCUUUAAAGCGGCAGUCUGUAAGUUUUGGUGAGAGUGUGUAAUUGCACUGAGCAUGCUGAAAAGUACUAUUAAAAUCUGGAUCUGCUGUCUUUUAACUUUUUUAAGUUCUAAAUCUGUAUUUCUUUGGUUUAACGAUGCUUAAAUCAGUAGAUGAUGACAGAGUUUGAUGUUUUGGUGUUUCCAUGUUUGCAGUAGCUUUUGUAUCGGCGCCAUUAGCAACACCAUGGUUGCUAAGGUAACCAACAAAAGCUGUUAAAAUCAGAUAAAGGUUCUGAGACAUACCGGACACCCCGUUUUUUUUAUUUUUUAUUUUAUUUUUUUUUUAUUCAGAAUGAAUAUAUGUGGCUUUGCAAGAAUGCAAAAAGUAGCAGAAUUACAUUGGUGCAAUUUUUUACUUUAAUAUUUUGCCAUCUCUCCGACUGUUGCUUUAACUUCCAUGUGUUCAGUCUGAU